AUGGUCGCUAUUAAAAACAACAUUGCAUCAACACGGCUAGUGUCUGGUGUGAGCAAUAUUGAGCAUUUGCUGGUAAAAAUUGAGCCCUUUAAGGGCAUUUCCUGGCUCCUAGCAGCUUGCUAUAUCCCUCCUCAACAGCAUGUGUCCAGUUACAACAGUCUUCUAUCGUCCAUUGAGGAGGUGUCUACAGAGCAUAAAUUCCACGAAAUUAUUGUAAUCGGGGAUUUCAACUUACCCGGUGUGGAUUCGGCAGAUCCUCUAAAUUGUGUUCACACUUCUGCCUCUAGAGUGAUGCUAUCUCUCAUGGAGCUAUAUGACCUUCAACAAGUUAAUUCUAUUUACAACGGAAGAGGAGUCCUGCUGGAUCUAGUUCUAUGCACAAAUAAAAACACUAUUGUAUCUCUAGAAAUUGAUGCGCUUCUGCCUGCGGAGGAGAGGCACCACCCUCCACUGUCCAUUAUCUUGCACUGCAGCAACAGAAACACCAAGGGUUGCACCACCAAACACUUUAAGCCUGACUUUAAAAGAUGCAAUCUUUGGGAAACUUACAAUUCCCUCUCAGUCGUGGACUUCAAAGCCGUCCUGAGUUCCACUGAUCGCAAUGAAGCAACCGAAAAAUUCCUUUCUACGAUCGCUGAAGCAGUCAAGCUGAACUCACCAUUGAGAAGAGUCGGUGUUUCACCAUUUCCCAGAUGGUUCUCUGCCGAAACAAAAGAUCUGGUAAUUACAAAAAAAACUCUACACAGACAGUAUAAGGAGCGAGACUACCGUCAGCACUUAGGGCGAGUGGAUCAGGGAGUAUCCGCGUACCUUCGUUUCUUCUGGAGCCACGUUAACGCUAUUAGAAACUCUUCCUCGCUGCCCUCACGCAUGUUUUACAACGACAUCGAAUCAAAGGAACCUCAAGGGAUGUGCGAACUGUUCAGGGAUUUUUUCUCCUCAGUGUAUACGAGGCCCACGGAGAUAUUUAUACCUGUUAGUGGUGACCACUUUGAAAACUCCGUUUUUUCAAGACUCUCACACCAAGAAGUAUUGAGCAAGCUGAGGAAGCUCGAUGAGACCAAAGGAUGGGGCCCUGAUGAAAUUCCCCCGAUGGUUUUGAAACAUUGCGGUGGUCUGUUGGCGGGGCCAAUUUUUUAUCUUUUCAAUGCGUCACUGUCAUCUGGUGUCUUCCCAGAAUCUUUUAAAAUUAGUCUACGUUGUUCCCCUCCACAAAAAAGGGGCCGUUGA